AUGGGGUUUAGGGUUUUGCUUGCAUUUUCGGUUCUGAGCUCUUGCUUAAUGGUUAAUGUUUUUGGUGAUGGUGUUGAUGACAAUGUCAGCUGGACACAGGCGCCACACCACGCGCCGUCAUACCAACCGGUGGCAGCUCCUGCACCGCAUCACCACCACCACCACCACCACCAUCACAAGCUUGCUUCUCCUCCCAUGUCUCACACGCCGACCAAGGCUCCUGUUCAUCCCCCGGUUCAGCCACCCACUAAGCCACCUGUUCAGCAACCCAGUAGCUCACCGGCUCCGGUCCAUCCACCGGUUCCGGCGAGGAAGUUGGUGGCGGUUCAGGGCGUUGUUUACUGCAAGGCUUGCAAGUACAAGGGGGUUGAUACACUCUUGGGUGCCACUCCUCUUCAGGGAGCUGAGGUGCUGUUAACAUGCAACAACACAAAGUACCCAUUGAGGGUCAAAGGUACAAGUGAUAAGAACGGGUAUUUCUUCAUCAAGCCACCAAAGACUUUGACCACUUAUGGGUCCCACAGGUGCAAGGCGAGGCUGCUGACGUCACCCAUGGCUACGUGCAACGAGCCCACGGAUCUUCAUGGUGGGGUGAAGGGGUCCAUGUUGGUCCCUAACAAGAAGCCACCAUUGUCGAACCCAGAUGCUCACCCACUUCCUUAUGAUGUCUUCACUGUGGGUCCCUUUGCAUUUGAAGCUUCUUCAAAAACUCCAUGCCCACAUGAAAGUAUGGAGGACUGAAAUGGGUAAUAAGGAUUAAUUGAGCGGUGGUAUUUGAACUCUUAUGAUGUGGUUCAAAUCCUACUUAGGUUAUUGAGAUGUAAUGUGUCGUUUGAUUUCUAUUUAAAAAUGAAGAUGUUUGAGGGGUGUUAUUGUAAUUUAUGGAUGUGAAGGGGGUGCCUUUAUUAAUGGAUUAGAAAAUAAAUC